AGAGAUUACACACGGAAACGUUCUUCAUGCUCUGUCGGAUAAGAAAUAAUGUGGUUCAUUUUCCUGCGAUCUGAGCACAAAUUAGAAGUGCCAUGGGUACCCCGACUGAAGCAAAUAAUGUGACAUAUAAAUGUAUAUUUCAAGAAGAUUUUGAAUAUGUGCUUCUUCCCAUAUCCUAUGGAAUUGUAUUUUUUUUGGGCUUUGCACUAAAUGUUCUGGCCCUCUACCUCUUCAUAAGGACCCGGCCAUGGAAGACCAUCAACAUUUUCAUGUUCAAUCUUGCAUUAUCGGACUUGGUUUACAUCUUGACCCUCCCUCUGCUUGUGUAUUAUUAUUCUAGAGCAAACAACUGGCCAUUUAGCGAGACUCUCUGCAAACUAGUUCGAUUUCUUUUUUACACCAGCAUGUAUUGUAGCAUUUUAUUCCUUCUUUGCAUUAGUAUUUUCCGGUUUCUCGCUAUCUGUUAUCCAAUGAAGUUUAUCAGUUGGGGUCGUAUUCGUUACGCAAGGAAUAUGUCUCUCGGAAUUUGGGUGCUCAUCAUUGGAAUGCAGUCUCCAAUAUUAUAUUUUGUAACAACCAGUCAAUUAGAAGAAAAAAUCAUCUGUCACGAUACCUCUAGCAUUGACCUUUUUGACCAGUUUGUUAUCUUCAGUACCGUGCACUUGGUAUUACUCUUCUGUGUGCCUUUCACAAUCAUCAUCAUUUCUUAUUGCUACAUGGUGUAUAUCCUCAUUAAGCCAAACCCAACAAUUGUACAAACACGUAAAAUGAAGAUAAAGUCUAUCAAAAUGAUUAUCACAGUACUCCUUGUAUUUGUCACCUGCUUCUUACCUUUCCACGUGAAUCGUACGCUAUAUUAUUACUUUCGUAAAAUGAAUCUUGAUUGCCGUAUCUUAAAUACCAUCAACAAGGCCUACAAAGUGACAAGACCCUUAGCAAGCUUGAACAGUUGCAUUGAUCCUGUUUUAUACUUUCUUAUUUGGAGGUUUAAACUAAACAGAUGAAGAGAUGUGGAGCAUGUGGGAAAAGAAAAAUAAUUUUUAUUGGAAAACAUGAUAUUUCUGACAAGACUUUAUC